UCUCCCUGACCACUAUUGAGGCAUGAAGACAGGCAAAGAGCCAAGAAAAAGAAAAUUGUGGGUCUGAGCAGAUCACAUACUUCCCCUCCACAAAUCCAAAUUCAUAAAUUAUCCAUUCUCACAUUCCCCCUAUCUUCUCCACCCCCAUAUUAACCAAAACCCCUCCAUAUUACCUAACCCCUUUUCAAUCUCAAAAAAUCAACAACAUAAAACAUGAUUAUAAAUCUUUCCUCCUCUUCCCUCUCUCAAUUCAUUAAUACCAAAUCACACAUUUCAAGAUUCCAAUUCCAACUAAAAAACAAAACUCACUUCUCAAAAUCUCUAUCGUUUCAUUCCAAGAAUCCAUUUUUACAUGAAAAGAACAAAACUCCACUCAGUAAAAGGAGAAAUUUAAGGAGUUUUGCAAUCCCUGGACUUGAUUUUGGUGGUAAUUUUGAGAGUACACAAUCAGUGCUUGAAGCAGUUGGUGUAUUAACAGCUAUUAUUGUAGUACAUGAAAGUGGUCAUUUUCUUGCUGCUUAUUUACAAGGUAUUCAUAUAAGUAAAUUUGCUGUUGGUUUUGGUCCAAUCUUAGCUAAAUUUAAUGCCAAAAAUGUUGAGUAUUCAUUAAGAGCAUUUCCUCUUGGUGGGUUUGUUGGUUUUCCUGAUAAUGAUCCUGAUAGUGAUAUUCCUCCUGAUGAUAAGAAUUUGCUUAAAAAUAGGCCUAUUUUUGAUAGAGUGAUUGUUAUUUCAGCUGGUGUAAUAGCUAAUAUAGUGUUUGCUUAUGUGAUAAUAUUUACACAAGUGUUGUUAGUUGGAUUGCCUGUUCAAGAAUCCUUCCCUGGGGUUCUUGUUCCUGAUGUUAGGCCUUUUUCAGCUGCAUCUAGAGAUGGUUUGCUUCCUGGUGAUGUGAUUUUAGGUGUUAAUGGAAUUGAUUUUGCGAAAAAUGGGCCUAGUUUGGUCUCUGAGGUUGUUGAUGUUAUUAAGAAGAGUCCGAAGAGAAAUGUGUUGUUGAAAAUAGGGAGAGGAGAAGGGAGUGUUGAUGUUAGAGUUACACCUGAUGUGAAUUCGGAUGGUACAGGUAGGAUUGGUGUUCAACUGUCACCGAAUUUCAAAAUUUCGAAAGUUCAGCCAAAGAAUAUACUUGAGGCUUUUAGUUUUACAGGGAGAGAGUUUUGGGGUCUUACGUAUAAUGUUUUGGACAGUUUGAAACAAACUUUCAUGAACUUCUCGCAAACGGCUGGUAAGGUAUCUGGUCCAGUUGCCAUCAUAGCUGUUGGUGCAGAAGUUGCAAAAUCGAAUGUUGAUGGCCUCUAUCAAUUUGCUGCUGUUCUGAAUAUUAACCUUGCAGUAAUAAAUCUACUGCCUUUGCCAGCUUUGGAUGGGGGUACUUUGGCGUUGAUUCUUGUAGAAGCAGCUAGAGGUGGAAAAAAGCUUCCUUUAGAAGUAGAGCAGGGGAUUAUGUCAUCUGGAAUCAUGUUUGUGAUAAUUGUUGGACUGUUCCUUCUUGUCCGUGAUACUCUGAACCUUGAUUUUAUCAGGGAUUUGUUAUAAACAGUUGCCUAUAAGUUCAUAAUCUGGAAGAAUUGAUUAGAGAAUUUUGUUGACAACUAUUAAGAACAGUAAGCAGCUACUGGUUCAACGAGAUGAUUCACCCGUGAUUGUUGAACAUAGGUCUUCCUUCCGAGACAAACUUUGCAAGGUACUGGCUUCUCCUUGAUUUCAAUUUAUUCCAGAUACAUGGAUAUUCCCGAAUUCCGCCACAUUGUCUUCAUUUAUGUUGGUAUCACUGGCUCAAAAGAGAUGCCCCUUGCUCAUUUCACCAUACAAUGUAUAUGGAAAUUUAUACAACUACAAUGCAUUGCUUUCAUAUUCUUACUGUUGCCAUGGAAGCUGAGGAAACGAGAGAAGGAACUGUUCUAACACUUGGCAAACUAAUGAUAAAAUUUGGUUAUAGGUUUUGCUUUGUCUAAAGAACCUAUUUUUAUACAAAGUUGAACUUGGCUUCUCCUGUUUCUCUUUCCUUGAAUUGUGUAGAGCAGCCUUUUGUUUAUGGCUCAAUUACUAUAGAUGAUACACAUUUGGCUUUUCCUCUUCUCUUGGACUGGUUCAUUAUGUAGGAAGGCCCAUUUUGGCGAAAAAUGUUGUAUUUUCUUGUAGUCUGUGUAUUCUAUAUUGUACUUUCUACAUUCUGGUGA